GAAAAAGCGAGUGGUGGAGUGCGGGGGGGGGGCCGCGCUAAAAACAAACACUUCGGGGGAAAAAACACAGAGAACGUGUAACAAUGUCAGGUUGCUGAAUUUUGCUACAGCAGCAGACGAGUUUGAGUUGAGCUUAAAGAGGCACAAACUGCCACGGGACCCUAUGUCUCAUCGGAUCAUUGAAAAGAGACGACGAGAUAGAAUGAACAACUGUCUAGCUGAUCUGAGCCGACUUAUACCAAGCAGCUAUCACAAACAGGGCCAAGGACGCAUUGAGAAAACAGAAAUAAUUGAGAUGGCCAUUAAACACAUCAAGAUCUUACAGCAGCGUUUACAUGAUAUAGACAGAAUUUGUAAAGAGGACAAGGCCACAACGCAGCCAUCUUCUAAUGAGCAUCAUUGUUGCGCCACAAAGUUUUACAUGGGUUUCAAGGAAGCACAGGAUGAGGUGAUGAGGUUCUUGGUGGAAGUGGAGAGUGUCAAUGCUAUGGACCCUUUCUGUAAGAAGAUCAUGAAUCAUCUGGAGAAUGCAAGCAAGAAAUUCAUCACAGAACCUGCGCCCUGCCGUGCUCCACUUGAUGAUGUUGAAAAGCCAGAUGUAACUGGGAUGGAGAAUGAUAAUAGCCAGUCCAGUUUUUUACAGCGCUCAGCAUUUUACCCAGCAUCCACAGGUGGUUCAGUCAUCCAGGGAGAAAACUCUUUGACCAUGGACAACAAAGACCGAGACAAACAUCUACGAUCAUUACUGGCAGAACAACAGCACUCCAUGGCCUCCUCAAAUAAUGGAAGUGGCAGCAUGUCUGAAACCAGUUCAGGUUCACAAUGUCUGGUUCCUCUCUUCUCCUACACCAACCACAUGCAUGGCAUGGGAGCUGCAACUGAUCAAAAUGGCGUGGGAAGCAGUGGAUAUGUUUCUGAUCUUUCAAAUUUAGAGAAGACAUCUCCAAGUGGCUCAACGUCUUCAAGGGACAAUGUAUACAAAUUCAAACACAACAUCACCAAGCGCUUCUCUCAGGAAGGACAUCACCACCACAUGCAUCACCACAUACAGAACCACCACCACCACCACCAUCACAAGCAUGGACAGCCCAGCGACACCAGCUCUAGUACCAGCAGCCGCGACCUGGAAGAUGAUCAGAGCCAGCUCAAGUGGAAGAAUGAGAUGGAAGGACAGAGCGGGGGCAACAACUCUGCCAAUUCUGAUGAAUUCAACUCGGAAUCGGUUUCCAAUGAGUGCUCACGAAGGCGGAGCUCAUGUAAAGGAGGAGGGCAGAACACAAAUCACAGCGGUGAUGGUGGUUCAUCAUCUAUUGCCCUUCCUGGGUUCAUUCUUCACCCACAGGGCACCCAUUACAUGCCCAUAUCAGUUCACAAUACAAAUAUUACUGGUCUUUUUGAACAUACUUCCGAGCAUGAUGGACCAAUGGUUUUCCACCCAAUAAGCAUUCCUGUUCACUUUAGACGACCUGUAAUCUCCAUGCCCAAUAUAACCAUUUGUACACAUAUGUCUUCACAGUGGAGAGGAGACAGAAGUGUUAAAGAAUAA